AUGGUCAAAGGGACAUCACAAACUAUCGUCACUGGCGUUAGCCAUUCACCUCACGGUUCCCACCAUAGCACAUAUAGUGUUGCCAGUCCAAACACUAGUAGCCCUACUGGGUCUAGCCCUCUCACAAAGAUUGUGGUCGCGCAAGUCUUUUUAUUACUAAGUACAAUUAAGGAAGACAAAGACCGCACCAAGUGGGAGCAACAAGUCGAACAACUCCGAAAGUUAAUCGAUGCACACGGGAUGGAAGUAUUUCAAAAAUAUUUCAGUCGGCUAGUGGUCGGAAAUGCUCAUCAGAUUUUCCCUGGUAUCAGUCGGCAAGUAACAACACCUGGAAAUUAUCCUAUUCUCGUAACUGAAAUCCGAAAAAUAAGUCACGAUGUCGAUCAGGCAGGAAAGAUAGCAGAAUCAAUAGAAUUGGCAAAUGAAGAUAUCUUUCGGGACUUUGAUCUCUCCACAUUCAUGGAACAUUUCAAGCUAGAUGCUCUAGAAAAAACGAUUCUCGCUCUAGCUUUCAAAGCCGUAUCAAAAUCAGAUUUAAAAGCGAAAGCUGAUGCUAUUAUAUCCAACAACUAUGCUCAAUUUCUCCAAAUUCUUUCACGAAAAACUAGUGAGGCACUCCCGACUAAUUUUAUUGCUACGAUUAUCGAUCGGUUAAUACAAACCAACCCUACCAGUUUCGACCAAAAAGCGCGGACUGAACUAGCUCUUGCCGUUCGAUAUCGAUAUGAUAACCGUGAAUCAGAUCAUAAUCCCCCAUCAUCCGUCCUCGCUGCGUUAUACUUGUUGAAAGUACUUGGUGACAAAAACUCUUUACCCCAUUAUAUGCACAGAAUCGGUGCAACAAUAACUCAAAAUCAAGAUGCGUGUGUGGAAUACCUUCACAACUUGGGUCAAAAAUUUACUGAAGAGCAAGUGUCCGCUGCAAUUAUUUACGCCACAAUCAGCCAAACGAUAAAGUUCAACAUUGAAGUGCUCGUCUCCAGCUUCCGUCAAGAGGUUUCAUCUGUCUUUGAUUGGUCCAAAGUUAUUUCGUUCUUUGACCAGCAACAGUUAAGAAUUACUCAACAACAAUUUUUGGCUCUAUAUAAAGCAAUGUAUCCGCUUGCAGUAGAUGGAAUUAUCGACAUUCAACAGAUGUGGGGUGGAAAAUGGCGUAAUACGGAGACUCAACUAUCGUUUAUAUCGGCAUACGCCGCUUUGGACUCAUCGGAACUAGACGCCACAACAAUUCCAGGGCUUCAAACUACGUUCAAACUUGAAGAUUACGCUCAAUUAUCCCCACAAUCUCGAAAACGCGCUGCCUAUGCAGUAACCGAUCCACUCAUAUCUGUCGCAGCACUGGAAGCAUUAUUUCACGUAGCUUUACACGAAACGACUGCAUCAGAGACUCCCGAGGCGAAAAGACUCUUCGCGCAGGUUGUACUUCCUAAAUUAGACAUUUUCAUGGUUUCAGCCUUCGGUGUGCCCAAACCUUGGCCCAUUUUAGCAAACGACACACUCCUAGGACUUUUUGAUAGGUAUUUAACUCAAGCUGAUUCUCAUCGUGAUUUUGUGCUUGAGAGUCUAUGGCGGAAAGACUGUGGAUGGGUGGCUCAGCGCCUAGUUGAUGCUCAUGGAAAGACACCUUUACGCCUUCCUAUAAUCCUUGAGCAUGCUGCAAGGUACAAAUGGCUUGAUGACUUAACUUCGAUGCACAACGGAUUCGGACUUGACUUGGCAGCAGUUGCACACGCUCGGGGUCUUCUAGACUUAGAUGAAUGGAGCCGUAAUGUUCCUAGUGUCAGGAUUCCUGACUUUGCUCAAUCACUUCGAAAAUUUCUGGACAUUAAAGCUAGCCAUGAGUUAAGUUUUCAGCGAACUGGUGAGCUUUCGAGUGUAAUGUUACCCGUCAAAACCAUAGCAGCUUUAUUGAAUGUGGUCGAGGAUAUUUUACCCAAGUCGCCUGCUCAAGACUGGAUUGCCGUUCAGCGCCGAUGCAUUACAGCCUACCCUCGGCUUAUUAAUUAUAAUGAAGGGUUCAACGAUAUUAUAGAUGCCAACGGGGCCGAAACUAACUAUCUUCCGAUCUCCGCCAACGAAAAGAUGGAAGAGCACUACAAGCGUAUGUACAAUGAUGAUCUACAAGUACGAAAUGUUGUUGAUGCACUAGAGAGCUACAAGAGAUCUAGAGAUCCAUCUGAUCAGGAAGUAUUUGCCUGUAUGAUUCAUGGACUUUUUGAUGAGUUUGCCCUCUACGGUACAUAUCCUCUUGAAGCCCUCGCGACAACUGCAGUAUUAUUUGGUGGUAUCAUAUCGCGAAGGCUUAUAGAUAACCUUCCACUCGAGAUUGGACUAGGUAUGAUCCUUGAAGCUGUUCGUGACCAUACACCAGACGAUUCAAUGUUCAAAUUUGGUCUGCAGGCUUUGAUGCAACUAUUGUCGCGCUUGCGAGAAUGGCCAAGUUUUUGUGUCAAGCUUCUUCAAACUUCCUAUCUCCAAGGUACGGAAGCAUGGAAGGUAGCAGAGGAGGCGAUUCGGACACAGCAAGAAGAAGAGUCUCGAAAAUUUCAAACGAAUGGCGUAGGUAUGAAUAAUGGAAAUCUGGACGAAAUACUAGUAGCCGAUUCAAGCGCCCCACAAUUCAGCUCGCUCCAUGUAGACGCGUCUCCAUUCAUCUAUGAAGAUCCUGAUGGCGCUACUCAAGAUAAAAUUCUGUUUGCGUUAAAUAACAUGACUGCAGAAAACUUGGAAAGAAAGUUUGCUGAACUACAAUCUAUCAUUGAAGAUCAAAAUCACCAAUGGCUAGCGAGUCACCUAGUUUCCCAGCGUGCUAAAAUGGAGCCGAAUUUUCACAAGUUGUAUCUUAAUCUGCUUAAGCUCUUUGGAAAAAAAAAUCUGUGGGCCGAAAUUCUUCGUGAGACUUAUGUCUGUGCAUUCAGAUCUCUGAAUUCAGAUGCUACUCUUUCACCAAACGGUGCAACGGAACGGGUACAUCUCAAGAAUUUAGCUGCAUGGCUAGGUUUACUAACUCUAGCUCGUGACAAGCCUAUCAAACAUAGCAAUAUUUCAUUCAAGCAACUUUUAGCAGAAGCAUAUCAAACAAAUCGACUUGUUAUCGUUAUUCCCUUUGUUUGUAAAAUCUUGGGGCAAGGAAAGGACUCUACAAUAUUUAAACCACCUAAUCCAUGGAUAAUGGACAUAGUUCGAGCACUUAGGGAGCUUUACCUUGGAGCAGAUUUAAAACUUAACCUUAAAUUUGAGAUUGAGGUUCUAUUUGGUGAACUUUCUAUCGACCCUAAAAGUAUCGAGCCCUCUGAUGAAAUAAUGAGCCGAAUCCCUGGAAUUGAUAGUGCAGACUCACUAAUCGGCCCUGUUCCUAUCGAUAGAUACGACAACUUAUCACCCAAUGAGAUUGGGGGUGUUAGUGGUGCAAGAUUCUCUCCUCAGGAAAUCACAUCCUCAAUUCCUGAUUUAGGCCCCAUGCUUAUAUAUCCUCCAACUAAUGAGAUAGUAAAUCAAAGUCAACUUCAAGAGAUAGUUCGAAGUGCGACGACUCGCGCUGUGUGUGAGAUUAUUUCUCCUGUUGUAGAACGCUCUGUCACUAUAGCUGCAAUAUCUACUGCCCAGAUGAUUAAAAAAGAUUUCGCUACUGAACCUAAUGAGGCCAAAGUACGCUCUGCGGCAAUUCUCAUGGUCAAAAAGACUGCAGGCAGUCUAGCUCUAGUGACAUCAAAAGAGCCUUUGCGGGCUAGCAUGACAAACUAUAUAAGAGCACUUUCUAGUGAGUUACCUCAAGGUCUACCUGAGGGCACCAUUAUCAUGUGUGUAAACUCGAACCUUGAUCUAGCCUGUAGUCAGGUAGAAAAGAAAGCAGAGGAACGAGCGAUUCCUGAAAUUGAAGAGAUAAUUGAGCCAGAACUGGAGGCCCGUCGUGUUCACAGAAUGACUCGACCAGAUAGUCCUUACAUGGAUAUAGGAUUGAGUCGAUGGGCGUUAACUAUACCUAACCCUUACAAGCUACAGCCUAAUCUAAAUGGGCUAAAUCAGGACCAGAUCGCUAUCUACGAUGACUUUGCUCGGUCGCGGCUCCAGCCCACAAUAUCAGGAACAACACAUGUGCCAUCCACUUCCGAUGCAACUAGAACUAUGAAUGAAGCUAUUCAAGAGCAAUACACUUCCAUUCCCACCUUACCAAACACAGUCGAGUCAUCGGCGAUGCCUCAUGUCAAUAAUCACCAACAGGCUUACAUACAGACUAACAACUUGUUAACAAAUGGAAGAGCUGCAACUCUUCCCCAGGAUCCUAGAGCUUUGGUGGAGCGGGUCCAAAAAACCCUCAUUGAACUAGAACGAGUUGUACCAGAAUCAUCAGAAGAACAUUUCACCGAAAUAUCUCGCCCACAUCCCGUAAUUGAUGUACUAGAUGCUUUAUAUAGCUUGAUCAUUAGGACUGCACAAUCGCCCGACGCACUCGACAUAUUUAUUGUCGACCAGAUAUGCAACCUACUCUUCGGAGGUGCAGACCACCACUUAAUGAUAGAAUGUCUAGUUCACGUACUGGAAAAUAUAUGCCGGAUUGGUGGACGAACCGCCAGCCGUGUAGCUCUCAUGAUUGCACAUCAGCCAGGCGAAAAUUUAUUACGAGUCCAUCUAGCCGUAUCUCUUAUCAGGGCUGACUUAAUAGAUUGGCAUCGUAUCGACUCAGAGACUUCAAAAGCAAUAGUUCAAAGGAGGGAAGACUCACUCGACUUUUUUUCAAAUCUCAUAGAUGCUGUCCUUGUUAAUGAUAAUCCAAUUGCAUUAUUUUCCGAUUUUGCUAGUAGCUUGGAAGUAGCAUGGCAAUUGAUCGAGUCAGAUCCUACUUUAGAAAUUGGGCAGCAGCUUAAAAAGAAAUUAACCGCUUCUGGCCUAACAAAUAAUGUCGGAAAAAUGCAAGAAGAUACUCAGCUCACUCGAAUAGACCAGAUGCGAUACGUAUUCGAUGAAUGGGUUCAUUUGUGUGGCAACUCCAAUGCUUCGGAACAAGCAGUAUUCCAUUUCACCUCACAAAUGUUCCACAACCAAUUAAUUAAUAAUCGAGAUGACCUUUGCAUUUUUUUACGUUUAUCAGUCGAUGUUUCUGUCGAUCGCUUUGAGCAAUGUAUGCAAGUUAACGGAAAUAUUUACGGUGCAUAUGUACCAGUAGAUGCAUUAGCUAAGCUUAUAGCAAUUCUAGUCAUGCGACGGGAAGAAGAAUGGGAGGUAAAAGCUGACAAGGCCGCAUAUUUGAGAACAGCUCUUUCUAUAAUAACUUUAGUUCUGAACCAUCAUCAUGUUACACGAGGAGAAACAUUCAACCAAAAGGUUUUCUUUCGGCUUUUUUCAACCUUACUUUGCGAACUAAAGUCAAUGACUUCCAAGAUUACAGCCACGGAAAUUCAAGAACUAAUGUUGGUCUUUGCCAAAUUUCUCCUAGAUCUUCGCCCAAUUUAUUUUCCUGGAUUUCUUUUCGCUUACCUCGGUCUAAUAUCACAUCGUUACUUCUUACCUGUCAUUAUGGAGCUUCCAGAUCGGAUUGGCUGGAAACCUAUUGCCGAUGUGGUGGAAAAUUUGAUGGCCUAUGUAGCCGAACUUAUAAAACCAUUACAAAUAUCUCCGAUCUCGAAAGAGAUAUACCGUGGCGUUAUCAAACUAAUUCUUAUAUUUCACCAUGACUUCCCCGGCUUUUUGGCCGCUAAUCAUUCGAGGUUUUGUGCAAAUAUACCUCUCCAUUGUAUACAGAUGCGUAACCUAAUAUUAAGCGCUAAUCCAGCUUCGAAGCUUCCAGACCCUUUUCAACAGGGUUUAAAGGUAGAUCGUGUUGACGAAAUGCGUGAUUCGCCUGAAUCAAUGAACGAUGUUGAAGCACCUUUGAGACAAGCAGGCCUGCUAGAUAUCGUGAAUCAAGCACUUCAGAGCAGUCCAUCCGAGAAUGCUGUGGCCCACAUUGCGCAUGCAAUCCAGGGAAAUAAAAAAUACCAUCAAACAGGAGUUGGAUUUAUGCCCAUAUGCGCUAAUCUCAAGCUCAUAGGAUCGCUUGUAAUUUACAUCAGCAUAUUCUCAAUAAAUCAAGCAGCAUCGAAAGGUGGAUCAGUGUUUGUACCUACAUCCCCAGACGCGGUACUAAUCUCUAUGCUUGUUCAUGAGCUUCAGCCUGAAGCAAGAUACUUCUUUAUUGGCAGUAUGGUCGACCAGCUCCGGUUCCCAAACUCGCAAACCCAAUACUUUACACUUGCUAUUCUUGAACUUUUUGGUAAUGAUAUCAACGAUCAAGAAGAGACAGACAUCCGACAACAAGCCACCAGAAUUUUACUAGAAAGACUUAUCGGCCAGUGGCCACAACCUUGGGGUCUAAUUGUAGCAAUUCACGAGCUCAUAAAGAACGAGAAAUAUAUGUUUUUCGAACUGCCAUUUAUCAAAUCAACGCGGGAGGUUGCUGAGCGAUUCGCCACCAUUGCAAACCGCCACAUUUGA